AUGGAACGGGCCGUCGAUAAGCCAAAAGUGCUCUUCGGUUACAUAAACAGUAGGUUAAAGAACAAGGAGACGGUCGCACUGUUGGAAGGAGAAAACAAUGAGGACAUCAUCGAAAAUGACGCUAAGGCAGAAAAUCUAAGCCGGUUUUUCGUAUCGGUUUUCAACGAUGAAACGGACUUUGACGAGGCUGGAUCUCCUGCUGGGACAACCGACGAAAUAAUAGAAAACAUCGACUUCACGGAAGAAGAUGUGAGGAAGGAACUUCUAGCGCUUAAGGAGGGCAAGUCUCCGGGCCCAGACCAAAUUCCGGCAAAAGUGCUGAAGGAGUUGUCUUGCGAACUCGCCAAACCGCUUUGGCACAUCUUUAGGUCCUCCUUUGACCGAGGCAUUCUCCCCUCUGAUUGGAAAGUGGCGAGCAUAUACCCCAUCCACAAGCGCGGAUCCAGAACAAGUACAAACAAUUAUCGGCCGGUGAGCCUAACGUGCAUUUGUUGCAAAGUCAUGGAGAGAACAGUCAAAAAAUCCAUAAUGAAUUUCCUUGAAGAAAAUAAUUUAUUUGCUAGUUCUCAGCAUGGCUUUCGACGAAAUCAUUCCUGCCUAACGAAUAUGCUUCAUUCAACGGAACAGUGGUCUCGCUCGUUAGACGCAGGAACAAAGGUCGAUAUCGUUUACAUAGAUUUCAAGAAAGCCUUUGAUAGUGUUCCACACCACCGGUUACUUUACAAGGUCCGAGAGUCAGGGAUAAGAGGAAACCUAUUAACCUGGGUAAAGGACUUUCUGACUGGUCGAUCACAGUCUGUGUGUAUUGGUAGUGCGAAGUCAACACCAGUGCCAGUUGUUAGUGGAGUUCCGCAGGGCUCCGUACUCGGACCAGUACUAUUUUUAAUUUAUGUCAACGACUGUAUGAAUGGACUGGACUGCAAUGGAGUCAAAUAUGCUGAUGACAUCAAGUUAUGGCGAGCGAUCAACGGCGAACAAGAAGGCCCUGCAAGAAGGACUGAACCGCCUAUGCGAAUGGUCUGACAAAUGGCUGCUAAAGUUUAACCUAGAGAAGUGCGUCGCGCUGCGACUCAAAACGACUGGAAGAUCUGACGGAGAGAAUCACCAUUACCAACAUGGUGGAAGGUGCCUUUCAAAUGUAACCGAACAAAAAGAUCUUGGGGUUAACAUUCUGUCGACACUUAAGCCUUCAACUCAGUGUGAUAGGGCGUCAAAAAGGGCAACUAGUGUUCUCUUUGCCAUUAAAAGAUCUUUCGUGGACAUAGACAAAGUGUUAUUUGGAAAAGUAUACGGAGCGUUCAUUCGCUCGCAUCUGGAAUAUGGAAUCCAAGCGUGGUGCCGUGGCUAAAAAAAGACAAUUAGUUGCUAGAAAGAGUUCAGAGGAGAGCAACAAAAAUUGUAAAAGGCCUCAGGACUUUACCUUACAACUGCCGACUUAGGGAACUUAAACUUUUUCCUCUUGAGUACAGGCAGGUUCGAGGAGAUCUCAUACAGGCCUAUCCGAUAUUGGGCAACCGGGAAUGUGCCCUAAACCCCGACGAUUUCUUCACCCUGGCCACAACAACAAACCUGCGUGGGAACUCUCUAAAACUUAGAGGAUCCCGAUGCCGCCUGGACGUUCGCAAAUACUGUUUUUCACAGCGAGUCGUCGGUGCCUGGAACGGGCUUCCCGAGGACGUAAUAAUGGCGGAUACCACGGAGACGUUCAAGCAAAGACUCGAUGCAUAUUUGCUUGGACACUAUCGCUUGUCUGAACAGAACAGCUCUGUGGUGCUAACCCAACGCCUUGCAUACUCAUACCGCUAAUGCGGAUGACUGUCAUUACAUUUUACUGAAAUCAUCUACAACUGAAUGUUCUUAAGUUUUGGUUCUACAUUUUCACGGAGUAUAUUCUGUUAAAUGUGUAUAUUACUGACAAAAUUUCAGUACCAUGUUUAUUUAUAGUGAGAUAUUGCAUGUACCGUUUACAAUAGGGUUUUCAAAGGCUUUGCCUAUUACUCUUAAAAUAUACUGACCUAUACUGACCUAUGAUUUACUAGGCCCAACUGCAAACCAAAUGAGUUCAACAGGGCCACCUUAUGUUUGCUUUAUAAGGGUGUAGACAUAUUUAUAAUGCAGGUCACUAUAAUUGGUUUUGCAUAGGAUAUUAGGGAGAGAACAACUUUCGCGAAUGAACAUUGAGGAGGAAAUUAAGAGAGAAUUGUAGCUUUCGCAGAUAUCUGAUAUAACUAUUUCGGCUAGAAUAAAGCGGAUUGGAGUAUGAAAAAACUAACGGAAAUUCAGAGUAGCCAGACAACGCUUCGCUUAAGGAGGAAUAGUCGGCUCCGUACUUCACUAAAGUUCCAUUUCGGUUGGUCGCCUGUCGCGUCCUUUUUUGAUACUGACGUUCGUGACGGCGGUUUACACACAUCUUUAAAAUACCCACUGAUAUGCUUUUUUCCUAAGUUUUCACCCUUUUUUGACCUCCACUUUUAACUCCUGUAUGAUGUAUCAACUAUGAAAGAGUAAAAUAGCAGAACUUAGGCUCCUUACAAUAUCUCUGCGCAUUCCUACUCUCAUUCAAAAACAAAAUAAACUAUACUUAUCUCGCCAAAUUAUGUUUUGUCUUAUGUUUAAGACACUCACAAUUUAUCCUUGUCGGGAUAGCGCACAGAACAAACGGUGUUAAACCGAAUUUGCUCCAAAGUGUAUAAUGAAAAUCUAAGUGAAUUAUUUCGCUUUUAGGCUUUCCAUUUUAAAUUGUCAGUAACAUUUGCAUAGAAGUGGUCACUUUAUGUUAAUUUAAUCCCCUACGCAUGCUCAGACAAACCAAUAUUGUGUGUAAUUAAGCAUAUGAUGAAGUCCCCUGAAAUGCCGAAAGGACUAGGAAAAUACAUCGACUUUUUCAAACAUUUCGUCACUCCGAAAGAAAGAUGAACAGGAAAAUUAGUUUUACUUAUAUAUGAUCAUUGGUUUUGCAGUUGAAGAUCAGAACUGCUCACCCCAAUGAGGAAAAGUUGUGACAUUUUGCAUUUCCGACUUUUUGAAAUUCAUAAUAUCUCCUGAUUUUCUUGCAUGACUGGUGUAUUUCGUCAGGUGGUUGAGGCCACGAAUGUGUAUCUAUAAACAACAGAGUCGACCUGGGAGUCACCGGCACUAUAAGGAAUCGAUAAUUCACUUCUGGUGUGCUUGCAUCUAGUAACCGGAGUGAUCGGGAUGAUGUUGGCCCAAAACAACAUCCUGGACGUACGGUCAUUCCAGAUUCGUUGACGUGGUAAAUCGGGCUUCUGACGAUAUUAUACCGACGCGGAUAUACUGUUUAAAUAAUACUCGCGGCAAAUGGCACGAAUAUGGCUAAAACAUAAGUACCGCUCUCCGGGCAUGUUAGCGUAUGCAUGACUAAUGUAUUAAAAAGUGAUGGUACUCCAGCACACUGUCGGUAGCUCUCAAACACACUGAUGAACCCGGCGGAUGUCCUCAAUAUGUUGUACUCACAACACACCCUGGCAACCGUCUUAACUGUUUUCGUGCACAAAAGAAGGUAUUUUAUUCAUUGAGUGCAUAACACGCCUUCGAAUUGUAAAAAGGUAUAUGCAUCCUUUACGACAUAAAUACCGCUCAAAUUUAAAAUCCUCACUUUGGACGCUGGACAUCUCAAACCGCAAGAUUAAUCAGCCAUACGGCGACCAUAAACGUGGGCGUGCACCGCAGUCCGAAGGUUGCUGAUAUAUUUUACCUAUGACAGCUUAUGCAGACGAAGCGAUCAUGAUGAUCCGAGCACUAUUGACUGACGACAACAAAAUGCGUUUUCUUGGAUACAGUAGGCCUGCGAAAUGUAUAUAAUAGAUAGUAUUUGUCACAUACCCGAGACACUGAUUUCACAGACACAGAAGGCGCGCACCUCCAAAAUUUAACUAACGACCCCGUAAGCACCUGCGACGACAUUUCACCCCUCAGUAGCUGUACUCGUUAUAUCCCAGCAGUGAUGGGGUACGUAGGAAAUGUUCGGGCUUCUGUGCGGGAAAAGGGGUUGGUUAGAAUCCGAAGCGCUUGAUAGUGACAUAAUGAUCUUAUUAGGAUGAAUCACUUUACCCUAACGAUGCGUACUUUAGUCGUUCAAUCCACACUCCCGCAGACCUGACUACGAUGACUUGUAUAAGAAGAUCACAUCACCAACCGACUUUUACUUAGUACGCUGUGGUACCAUCCUGUGAGUCUCGCCGAACACCUUUGAACUUUGAGUUAAAUAACGGUGCACUUGUCCAACUGGUCACGACAUUCAAAAACAGAUGUUUAAGGAAUUUAUAUUCCAAAUGAUACAAUCAUUUGAGGACGUUGGUAAAAAGCCAUUUAGGAAACGAAUUAUCGUUGUUUCCGCGCAUUAUGCAGGUAAGCAAAAUAUAUUUUGCGAGACGAGCCCUGGCAGAGCGCGAGGAACGGGAUAUCAGCCCCUUUACUACGAGUGACCUUGCGUCAGAUUUCAGGAAGGCUGUUUAUUCCUAACACCAUCACUUAUCCCGAUCUCAGUCCUUAGCCAACCUCAGACCUACUUCAAGUCUGGCCCUAAACACGGCCUUAGCAUUAGCCCUAUCCCUUAGACGAAUUUGGUUGGAAAUAAGCGCAACGCUCAUGGGCAUCAUGGGGCGUUCCUGUUCCCGUCUUUCCGGCUGGGAGCGCAUACAAGCGAUGUUUACUUCAUAUUAUUCUCUCUUCCCUCUAGACAUGAUAUUUAAUUCAUAUUGCUGUAAUAAACAAAUUUGUUUUUCUUAGACGACAAAACAUGACUUUGUAUGAACGGACAUUUUGUGUUCAAUCUAGAUGUUUUUCAUUGGAAGCAACCAUUUACACCACAUACUGGGUCGACAACCAAGCAUGAUUUUGCUAUCCUCCGUACAUCUUCCAAUUGCAUCUAACUUCGUUUCAUCAUGAUAUUUUAUAUUCAUAAAUACGGUUUUUCAAGGCUUAUUAAAUGUUGAUACAAAUAGUUUCUGUUAUUUUUUGAUCACAUUUUCUAAGUAUAAAGUUGACGGAUAAACAUUAUUAUUUAAACAAAAAACCGGAGAAUUUUCAGUAAAAAGUGAUUCCAAAUAUUUAGCUAAUAUUUUCACAUGUUAUGUUAAUGGAAAGAUUCAUAACGUGAGCCUACAGCAUUUAACCUACAUUAGUUUAAAAAUCACUCAUACAACGAACGUAUUCUUGCACACUUCCGCAACGUGUCUUGUUUGUUUGAAAAUAUAUCUGCGCUAUCGUCCAUAAUUUAGCGGUAGCUAUUUUCUCCUAAGCGCCAAUUUCAUUUGGACAACACCAACUGCUGUUAACUUCUUACCUACCUCAUGGUUCGCAAUUCUACAUUUUGUACUCACUUUUUCUGCAUAAGAUCGUGUUUUUGCUAUGUAACUGUAGUAAACUCCAAAGUCUUGUUCUGUUUCUAGAUAGGUCCUAUCAGUCAUGCGUAGUUACGGCGAUCUCAGGUUAAAAACACAGAUGUGAUUUUUUCUACGUCCCCUACAAGUUUACUAAACGUGGAUGAUCUAUAACGUCUCAGAACAACACGAAUUACCGCAUCCUAUUUGAUCUUAUAGUCUAUAUAUUAUUGACUUGAAGGGGUUAAAUGAUCAGCCUCCUUUACAAAAACUACUUUAGAUAUGUCAUGUCUCAGUCGGUUUUUCUUCGCGAUCUAGACAUCAGGAGGUCAAUUAGUUUAUACAGAUGUGUCUGUCAUUGCCCCGAAAAAGACCAACAGUCUGUCAAAUCAUAUUGUUAGCUAUUUAAUCUACAGUGGUCUAUAAAAUAAAAAGGCAGUUGAAAUUAACAAAAGAAUGAAAUUACUUGCCGCACUUUCCCUUUUGCUUCAUUAUACUGAAUGCUGCUUCUCAGGAAACGGUAAAUUUCCCCUUCCUUACCUUCACUGAUUACGCUAACAUCUGCGUAGUAUGGGCGAUGGAGAUGUGUAAACCGUCAAUGAUUUAACUUUUCCGUUUUCACCCUAUUCAUCUGAUAAAGUGCAUACAUGCCUUAUAUGAACUGUUUGACUUCACGAGAGUGAAUUAGUUGUUAGUAUUUCAAUAACGUUUUCUGGAAAUCAUGACCUAUAAUAUCCACAAAAUGUUUCAUGAUGGAUAAAAUGGGUCGAGUUUUUACUACAAAUCCUGGUAAAAUCAUUUAUGGUUAAAAUGCUCGUCGGGAUGUCUAUUUUUUUCUAGACAAUACAAAACGCGGACUUACCGUACCUUAGUUGAAAGCUUUCUGUUAGAUGUGAAGCCGUUAGUCAGGAUAAAAAUUGUCAAAUUCUAAUUUUUACUGCGGCAGGGAGGAACAUUGAUUUACAUAAAAGAUCUAAAAUCUCAAUGAGGUUUAUAUUUGACAAAAAGGUCAUCCUAACAGCCAACUGAAUGAGAAAGAAUAAUUACGUGUUUGUUUGUUUUCAGAGGAACGGAGAUGCCCCCGUUCUAGCUAUGGCUUUAGUCUCAAUGAUGUUGCUGAAUACCUCACUCGACAAACUGAUUACCACGGCUUCGAAAAAAUAAUCGAGAAUAAAAACCGGCGUCUAUACUUCAUAAUUUUAAUCCAAGCCGAGUCCUUAUCUUUCGAUUGCACGUUUUUACGGGAUGAAUGGGCAGAAAAAUACUGGCAAUACACGUGCUUAACUCCGAUCUCUAACGCAGAAAUUCAUAUAAUAAAAGAGGUAAGAUAUGGCUAGAAGUAUAAUUAUUAGCAGUGCCUGUAAAUUUUAAACAGAAUGUCAGUUUUUCCGUUUCUUUCACCUACUCCCUUGCUGCAUGCACGUUUCUAAACCAACAGACAUUAAAACCGAAAAUGCUGAAAGAUUCACAAAAUGGCGCCCGAUAUUUCACAUUCAAAUUACGCAGUUUAGGACUGAAGGCAACUAUCGAUUUUACUUACUGGAAGGUGGAUAACAGUCCGCCAAAUAUUAUUCGACUGUCCUCACUGAAACUCUGCAAUGCAUGCACAAAUGCCUCAGGCACUUCAUAUGAACCCGUCAACCCCUAUUUAUUGAAGAUGCUAAAUAUGCGUGUCAGCGAAUUUAACGUCUUUCUGCAGCACGAAAUGUUGAGUGCGGAGUCCAUAGAGUGCCAGCAGGAAUUAUCGACAGUACAAAACUGAGGAGCCUGCAAAACUGAAAAUGUUGCAAUGAAUAUGAUUAAACGUGCUCUCCUUGUGCACAGCUAACUUCUUUAUGGAACCGAUUCCGUAGUAUGAGUAUAAGGUUUUUUGGUUUGUUUAUGGAGAAGAAUAGUCACUUUAUCAGACCAUCAACAAGUCAACUGCUUGGUGAUUACAUAUAGAACUGAAGGGGGAAAUACUGUUCUGUGUAUAUAGACAUGGUUGUGUCAGAAAACAUACUGUGAAACAUCGUAUGCUGUUAUUUACAUCAAGGUUAGUGAAUACGUGGCUCUAAGUAUUCUUAGUUGCUCAACGCACGACAAUCCAAAUCAAAGCUAUAGACACUCCUAAUUCUACCGUUUUAGCUACCUCGAAAUUUUAUCGGGCAUAUUAAUGCAGCGCAACAAUCCGUUGCUAAAUUUUGUCAUGAACGCUCAGGACCACAUACUUAUGAGUGUGUAACACCAAUCCAAGUCGACUCGCUAGACGAGAUGCAAAUGCGUUAUUCCAGAAUGCGACUCCGUUUCCAAUCACCUACAAAAUGUCAAAUUGAAAAGGUGGUUUCGCCUGCGGCGACAUAUAACCAGCCCGAAAACAAAUUAUCUUUCAGUGCUGGGCAUGAGUAGUCUGUCCGAAAUUGUGACCGUGACUCGUCUCUUUGGCAUGAAUGGUUACGGAAACAAGUAGUUCAUUUAUACGGGUUCAAAAGUCUGGCUGUACAACCAGAGGAGUCUGCAAAAGACAUGACACUAAAGCUGCUUACAGUGAGCUUGCCGCAAACUGCGGCCGGUAUCUAAAUAACACCAUAAACGAGAGUCUUAUUUAUUGAGAGGAAAUUAAAAAUGCGGACGCAUCGUGAUGAAACCGCAUAAUUUUUAAAAGAUUUGUGUAAGGUUAACUGAAAUGUGCAAAUACGGUUUCGAACGGGGCAAUUUUUGGUGCGAGAGGUACUCAUCGUGGAUAUGACAACGGACACUUAAAAAUGAAUUGCUUUGCGCAGAUUUUAAAUGAAACAAGAUGGGGGGAGGUUGCACGGUAUCGGAGAUUAUCGGACGUCAAAUUCCUUUCAUGAAGUUGGGGAUAGUCAAAGUAGAGGCGUUGAGGAACAGCUGGUGAGGCCGGCCAUAGUGUUCAGAGACCACAAACGCCAUCGCUACGGUAGAGUCGUUUAGAGCUUUCAGCACCCAAAAUUUGUGGGAGCUUUUCUGAAUGCAAAAAUCGAGUAAUAGUUCUCCUAAAUAAAGGAAAAUUUUGCAGAGUUUUCACACUCAUGGGUAAUUUAUUCCAAAUAGCAAUUGCUUUUACAGCAAAGAACCGAUGAUAUUUAACAGUACGUGCCAGAGGCAGAAAUAAAAGGACCUCACGGUGACUGUUACGUCGUGGGUGGAUAUGAUGUCUUAAAGAGGUGAGCGGGUUAAAUGUGUGAUUAUAUAAGAGUUUAAAUAGCAAAAAUAGUCCCUUUUGUAAUCUACGGAACCAUAGAGGAGCGAGGCCUGAAAGCCGGCAACGUUCUUGGAAAGACAAAUGUCGGUGUUCCGGGGUUAAAAUUCUCUUAGUAAAAAAGUGUUGAACGGAUUCUAUUUUCUUCUGCUCAGUAGCACGCAUGAGGCUAAAUGAAAACGAACAGUAUUCCAGACCAGGUCUAACGUACAUGUUGAAAAGGCGCAUUCUAAUGUCCCUAGUUUUAAAAUUUCGGAGGAUAAACCCGGUCGUUCUACGUGCUUUGGAGACUAUCAAGGCACAGUGCUCCGAGAGAUUGAGACUCUUGGAGUAUGACACACCCAAAUCCUUUAAAACCCCUGGCACAUUUAUUGCGUGACCUUCAAUACUUAGUUGAGUUUGGCGGUCGUCGCCAACCACCAUGACUGAGCACUUAUGCCAAGAAAGAGAAAGGCGCCAUGUGCGGCACGACUGGGCGAAAGCCUGUAGAUCGCUCUUUAGGAGCUCAAGCACGAUGUCAUGAUCUGCCGACUUAUAUCGAUAUGCAACUUUAAGAUCAUCGGCAUACAUGAAAGGCUUACCAUUCUGAAAUAAAUCGGGUACAUCAUUAACGAAAAGGCAAAAUGAAAGCGGUCCGAGUACACUACCCUGAAUGACUCCACUCCUCACACGUGUGGGGUUGGAGAUGGUAUUGGAAAUCUUAACUCGUUGUGUGCGAGUGCCCAAAUAAGAGGAUAUAAAAUUCAAAAGUUUGCCACCUAUUCCGAAAGAGGACAAUUUCAAGAGAAGAAGAGCAUGGUCAACACGAUCAAAAGCCUUAGUGAAAUCGAAAUAUACAGUGCAAAGUUCAAAAACAUUGUCCCUAGAUUAGAGAACAUAGUCAAAGAAAGAGAGUUGACAGGUGUCACAAGAUCGAGCUUUGAGGAAUCCAUGCUGAACAACACUCAGUAAGUUGUUCGCUGUUAAGUGACACAUCAUCUUAUCUUUGAUCAAUGUCUCCAAGAUCUUCGAAACUGCGGGGAGGUUGUUUAUUGGCCAAAAGUCAUCAAAUGAUGUUGAUUUGCCCUGCUUAGGAAUGGGCAAAAUGUGUGAUUCCUUCCACAAGGUAGGACAAGUUUCACUUUCAAGAGCAAGAUUAAAUAUCUUGCAUAAGAGGGAUGGGAAGAUCGUGUUUGCAUCGGCUUUUAAAAUGCUUACUGGGACACCAUCAGGGCCUGGACUAUAAGAUUGACGAAAACGCCGAAUGGCAACAGUCACAUCCCACAGAGUGAAAGUUAUAGUUUCUAGAACUGCCCCGGUCAAUGACUGGAUGGUCGGAAGCGGAGUGAUCGAGUCUUCAAUAAACGUUUUGGACAGGAAAUCAUUGAAGCUAUCCGCGGUUAACUGGGCAUCAACUAUGGGAUUUCCGAGAUCGUCUCGAAGGAUGGGAUACUGCGUCUUUCUCUGAGUUCGUAUUUUUCUAGAGAAAAGUUUCGAGACAUUUAACGAAUGGUUUUCGGUAAACUGGACCUCUUCGGCUAGCUGUUUUUCUUCAGACAAUCUCUUAGCUCGAGCAGAAAUACCACAAAUCAAGGGCAGAACAGAAACAUCGUCCUGCAGAUGGAAACGACGAUAAAGCCUGCGCAAUCUGCGACGAAAGGGUAAAGGUAGGAAAAUCUCAUCCCCAACAUUAAUAAUUUUCUUACGGGGGACAAAACGAGAAAUAAGCGGACCCAAAAUUUCGUACAGUUUUGCAAUGGAAACAUUUACAUCUGAACUAAGGAAGAACUCAGUCCAGUCGUAGGAAUUAAUGUGUGUUAAUAAUUCGGUUGAGCGAGUUGAUCGGAAAUCGCGGAAAAAGUUAUACUUUUGGGACGACAUUUCGUCAGCCUCGAAUUCCAACGUUGAAACAACUAUGUCAUGGUCUGAGCCCCCGAGUGGGCCUAGGGAUGACAUUGACGAUGGCAAGCAGCCUCUACAGAAAAUUAAGUCAAGUAUACUUGAGCCUCGGGUAGGAAAAUCAACAACCUGAGUCCACAUCCCGACAUCCACGGCCUCAAGAAAGUCAUCGAACCUUCUGGGGCCUGAAGGCGGAGACCAGCGCACUUCAGGGAGAUUAAAGUCACCCGCAACCAGUUGAUACUUAAAACUUAAGUCGGCCGCAGCAUGAAAUGCCUGUGAGAGUAAGCGAUCAAAAUUGUCAUUGGCGUUGGGAGGGCGAUAGACGCAGCCAACGAGUAAGGAGAACUUAUUUUUUACUGCAACCUAGAUCCAGCAGCUGCCUUCUACCGCUGAAAAGUGCGGGAGGUCCAACGGCAAACAUGUAAGUGUUUGCUUAACGUAGACGCAGCUGCCCCCACCACGGCUAUCUUGGCGAUCAUUUCGAAUGCAAUUGUAGCCUAGAAGAGAGAGUUCGGAGUCAGCUACUGAGGCUGAUGCCCACGUCUCAGUUACUAAAACAAUAUCAGGACAAUGGACGAAAUCCUGAGUCUGAAGCAAUGGCAUCUUAUUAAGCAAGGAUCUGGCAUUUAAAACAAAAUUUUGAAGGGAAAGGCUGUUAGUUUUUGAGGGAGGUGGGCCACAUUGUCCAGUUCUGGAUCGCCCACGGAGCAAACGGUCCGGAUGCAACCAUCCGGUUCUGCAAAAAAUUUUGUGGCAUCAAAAAAUGUUGACGUGGAUAAAAAAGGGGAGGACUUGGGGGAGGUAAUGACGGGCAGGUAAACUGGUAACUAUUGUUAGCUAACUUAUUUUCAGCUGGAAAUCCGCGGGGCAGAUACUGCAACGUAUUCCCGCCGGGACGAAACUGAGGAUCGGAUGAAUUAACUGAUUCAGUAUGGAUAUUAUCAUGAGGAAUAAAUUGGUAAAACGGCCGUGGAGGAAACAAGUUAGGGGGUGGGGGACGCAUUGUUUCCAUUGGAACAAGAGGUCUAUUAAACGGUGGGAAAAUCGGCAUAUUCGGCCUAACUGCCUUGAUAUGAGGGCUGGGGGCAGUUGAGAACCCGCUACGUUUUGAAACGGGGUAUUUGAGGCACUGUUCGCCGAUUUUGGAGGAAAACAUUUUAUACUGGUGCUGGAUUUAUUGGGUGUCCGAGUGACUGAGACAGCAAUUGGAUUUGCCUUUGACUUAGGCACAUGCUUAUGCUUACUAGGGGUUGCUGAGGGAGUCGAUAGAGGCGUGUUUAUACCAGGCGUGGUGGUGUGUUUAAAGAGGUCAGCAUUAAAAGUAGUCGAACUCCCUACGGAAUCGACUAUGCCGUGACGUGCAGAUGCCGCAGGUGGUGUUGUAGAGGACAUACUCAGACUGACAGUAGGUGUCAUUAUCUUGGUGUUGGUUUUUGCCGAUUUCAGUUUAUUCAGUCUUCGCUGCAGGGGUGUGAGGUCUGGCGAAACGCAGCAGCGCCAUUUACGGCAGAAGUCUCUAGUCAUCUCCCUACUCGACAAGACAAAAUCGACUUCUAUCAUGGAGAAAAGGGUAACUAGUAUCGGCGCAUUACGGCUAAGCGAGCGAAGUCGCUUAGCUUGUGCGACACUAAAACUCAAACCACAACUUUGUAGGAACAAAUGCGCUCCCUCCAUAGCAGAUAAGUGGCUCGGAAUGUUUCGCAGUACGAAAUUAUGCUUGCGUUUAAUUCUUUCCUUAUUUUCCGAACUUAUUACCCCAAUAAGUUUAAAAGCUUGUUCAAGCACUUUUUCAGAAGUGCUGUUUAUGUCUUCAUAAAUCAGCUGAUCGAUUAUUUCGCCGGCGGAUGGCCUGCUACGACUAGCAGAGGCGUAUUUUUGGACAACUGAAGGGUCGAGAAAUUCUACAUGUACUAAAAAGAUUUGUGAGUUAAUCAGAUCUGCAGACGGCGAAGAACAUGCGCUGGCGUCUGCCAUGUCUUCAGUCACGAUUUUAGCACCCAUAGACGGUGGGGAGGCCGCAAGCUUUCGCCUUUUAGCACGUGCUCUGCGGGGCAUUACAGACAAAAGUUUUUCGUUACAGAAAAAGGAUCAAAACGUUGCCGACGUACGGAAACGCGCACUAAGUAGCAAGUAUUACUGUUUUUUUUACUACGAAAACUAGAAAGCGGUAGUAGGGAAAGGAUUCACUACAAUGGAUUUUUUACAAAAUACGACUAUUUUGCCAGACUGUCAAACGAACUGGGAAAAAAAUGUACCUUAUAUAGAAAGGCGACUUUUAAAACGGACUCAAGUAAAAAACAGGCAUUAAUUACUUAAGAAUAUCCAGAUAAAUGCAGAGCUUCACUUAUCUAUGAAAUUGAGCUGCGCGCCUUGACAAUGUUAAUAAUUAUACUUCUAUCCCUAUCUUACCUCUUUUAUUAUAUGAAUUUCUGCGUUAAAAAUCGGACUUAAGCACGUGUAUUGCCAAUAUUUUUCUGUCCAUUCAUCCCGUAAAAAUGUGCAAUCGAAAGAUAAGGACUCCAAAUGGAUUAAAAUAAUGAAGUAUAAACGCCGGUUUUUAUUCUCGAUUAUUUUUUCGAACCCGUAGUAAUCAGUUUGCCGAGUAAGGUAUUCAGCAUGCUCAUUUAGACUAAAACCAUAGCUAGAACGCGGGCAUCUCCGUUCAUCUAAAAAAACAAAAAAAACACGUAAUUAUUCUUUCUCAUUCAGUUGGCUGCUAGAGUGAGCUCUUCGUCUAAUGCAAGCCUCAUUGUGAUUUUAGAUCUUUUUUGUAAAUAAAUGUUUCUCCCCGCCGGAGUAACAAUUAAAAUAUGGCCAUUUUUAUCCUGACUAACGGCUUCACAUUUAACAGAAAGCUUUCAAUUAAGGUAGGGUAAGUCCGCGUUUAUUGCCCUCUCCUCGUCUGGACUGGAUGCGGACUGUGCCCGUUUGCGUCUAGGUCUAGCCACUUUGACGCGAAAAGCCUCAUCCGCUGUAUGAAUUCUGCAUUGACGAAGUCCGCAUCGAAUCCUUUAAGCACAACCGCACGCAGGCCAGUACUGUCUGUCCCAUGUACUUACCCUUUCAUGAGUGCGGUUUUUCUGUCCUGAAGGUGUCCUUUUAGAAUCCGUUAUCCACUGCCACAUGCAGACCGGUGCUGCUCGCAAUCUUAUCCUUUCAUAAGCACCCGUAUUAUCUCCAUUUAAAUAGAUCCAAUCACAAUCAUUUUGUUUAGUAUCUAAAAGAUUUUUUCUCACUGCUCGCUAAUCAUUUUCUGACUUAACUGUGUAGUCAAAAACAUGCACCGAAUACUGUGGAGAUUCUGUCUCUCUGUUCAAUGAUUCAUGUAAAUUUUUUUGCUUUGUAUUAUGAUGUUCUUAAUUAGCUUAAAUGAAAUUAUAUGCAUAUAAAUCUUUGCUUAGUUAUUUUCUACCAGGUUUUAUUAGAUAGGUAUCUAGCUUUAUAUUUCCUAGUUCCGUGCGGAAUUAAAGAUGGACAUGAUAGCAGAUAUCUGUUUUCCUUUGCUAGUCAAUGUGUGUGCGUGAUAUCUAAAUCCUUCUGUGCUUGCCUUUGUAUUUAAGGACUCAGUCUUUGUCUGGCUUGCGUGUUGCUACCGGUCCACUUCUGAGCGUUCGCACGGGCAGACCCUCGCCUGAAGUUCGUGCGUCAUUCCACGGCGUGCAAAUAUCUAGCUCGCCCGCGGGCCUGCAAGUCGAGACUGCCCUGCUUGUUUGCGGUUCUUUGUCAGGCGUGACCUCGGGACGACAGCAACAGUGCGUCAUGUUCUGGGUCGUUCUAACAUAUAUCCAACGUUUUCUAUCAUUCAUUAGAUCUGAGAUCAAUUCUGAUAAACAGAGAGUACAACAAAAUUAGAUAAGUUCGUUUUAAGUUUUCCUUUCUGCAUUCUUGGAUUACCAACAGGGCCGAAUUUCGUUUCAGUUUAUUUGAUAAGGAUAUUAGGAAAGGCCUUUGAAAACCCUGUUUUUUACAUAUCCGCUCGUUUGGAUACAACUGCACACGAAGAAUGAAAAUUUUCGCUAUCAUAACAGUAUUUGAUUCAUCUGAGUGGCAUUUUUCAGAUAAAAAAUUCCGGAUUCGCGUGGUAUUUAUCUGAGGUUUAGACUGUCGAGGGAAACCAGCGGACACAAAUAAUUAUCCAAGCGUUUCUUGAAGAGUUGCAGGGACGUCGCUUCCACGACUGACUGAGGGAGAUCGUUCCAUUUCUCCACUACCCUUUGCGUGGAAAAGUCAGAACGAAGAUUUAGCCUGGUCAUUUUAUUCCGCAGUUUCGUCUAGCGACCACGAAGAUUGGGUGAAAGCUGGGAGUGAAACAUGUCCUCAAAGCUACGUCCAUUCUCAAAAGAUCACCUCUAUGCUGCCUCUAACACAGAGGGAAUAAAUUAAGGCAAUUGUAAGUGCCAUAUUCUAAGUGGGACCGAACAAAAAUGACGUAAUCUCUUCGUAAUUGCAUUCCAUUUGGGUAAUUGUAUUCGUUGUAUAUUGAUUUUUCUGUUCCGUGUUUCUUCGAACUACGGUUUUGGACUAUCUUUACACAAUGCUGCCAAGUUUUGAAGGAAAUAAAUCUCACUCAUUUUUGCAUGGAAGUAACCGCUGAUUACCAAUUAAAACCACAAUUGCAGAUUACGGCCAUCGGAAUGCAUUUUUCAAACAUCCUAAUGCUACCUGUGUUAUUAUCAUUUUCAAUUACGUUGAAUGAGGGAAGGUUUGUCGAAAAUUUUGAAAUAUUACUCAAUAAUAAAGCAUUGGUUAACCUUUUCCCAUCUCUUAUGCAUUAAUGCUCUUCGAUUGGGAAUCUGCGGAAUGGGAAUUUACAGUUUAGAAUAUUGACAAUCAGCAGUAAUUUUUCGUGUAUGCCUGGAUUAAUUAAUCAGUCUAUUGAUAUGUUUUUGACUUUAACGAGUUAACUUCUUCCCGGCAAGAGGAAUUCUUGCCCAACCGCACAAGCUAGUGUUGUGGAACGUACAUUUUUCUAACACAUUUUGGGGACUAAAAGGGCAGUCUCUCUGUUCCUAUGCCUCCACGUUAACGGAACCAAAUCAGUACGGACUGACUCUAUUUAAACUAACUAAGUUUAGUCUGUUACAAGAAGCAUGAGCAAAUACCUGUGUUCGCUAUUGAGUAACCAUAUUAGCCAGUGCGUCCAGAUCGUGAAAUUAAAUUUAGGGUCGCCCGGCAGCCAAUCUAAAUAAAUAAAUAAAUUUUUAUUUAAUGCCAGUUUACAGGCAUCGUCAAGGGAAGCGAUUAAACAUAAAUCCGACCGGCAGUGAAAAAAACUUCUGAGCUAAAGGGAUAAAAAUAUAGUUGAUGUUGGGUUUAUGGUUUGGAGGGCUCAGGAGAAAAAACUACCGGCGGUGGGAGAAUAUCUACCGUCAAGAAGGGGGGAGGUUGCACGGUAUCGGAGAUUUUCGGACGUCAAAUUCCUUUCAUGAAGUUGGGGAUAGCCAAAGUAGAGGCGUUGAGGAACAGCUGGUGAGACCGGCCAUAGUGUUCAGAGAUCACAAACGCCAUCGCUACGGUACAGUCGACCAGAGUUUUCAGCGCCCAAAAUUUGUGGGAGCUUUUCUGAAUGCAAAAAUCAAGUAAUAGUUCCCUUAAAUAAAGGAUAAUUUUGCAGAGUUUUCACACUCAUGGGUAGUUUAUUCCAAAUAGCAAUUGCAUUUACAGAAAAGAACCGACGAUAUUUAACAGUACGUCCCAGAGGCAGAAAUAAGAAGACCUCACGGUGACUGUUACGUCGUGGGUGGAUAUGAUGUCUUAAAGAGGUGAGUGGGUUAAAUGUGUGAUUAUGUAAGAGUUUAAAUAGCAAAAAUAGUCCCUUUUGUAAUCUACGGAACAAUAAAGGACCGAGGCCUGUAAGACGGCAACGUUCUUGGUAUUAUAAAUGUCGGUGUCAACUCCACCUCCUCUGCGUUGAAAGCCUCUGCAGGGUGCUCGUGCGGUUUGAGUAAUCAGUAACCAGAGUCAGAUUAUUCUUGGUAAAUAUUUUGGAUAAAUACAAGCGUUGGACAACAUAUAUACAGUCCAUACGAUGUGCACGUAUGUGUAUGUCAGUUUUAUAAAGUCUACACUUGGUAGGACUUCGACAUUCUGUCAAAGUAACUGUGCCCGAACGGUUGAUAUGCGAUUGAGCGAAAACUGAUCGUCUAGAUUAUAGAACUACGAAAAGUAUUUCCUACUUUGAUGUGGAAAUCAACGCAUGCGCUCCUACUGAAGAUGAGCGAAAAAGAACCAUUGGCUUGCCGAUGCGUUCAGACGUUAUGGUCUCCUUGAAAAUGCCGUCUACUUCAUUGACAGCCUUAGUAACUAACUAUUUUAAUUUAUCGAGUCGACGUAUUACCUGUUAUGCGUGAAUGGAUUCCAAAAGAAAGUGAUAAGGACACCGUGGAGAGUCUAGCUGACAGAUACUCUGUUCUCUUGCAUGUUUACUUUUGUAUUCCACGAAGUUCUACCUUAGCCUUGUUUGUGUACCUCGACUAUUAGCGGCCGCUAGCGAAGACGUCCAAGCAUUCUUUUGUGAACUCACAAAUGCCCACCCAGUGCGUAAAUCUUCGAGUAGAGACUGCGUUUGGUGCUAUUAAAUACCAUGUAGAAGGAUGCUUUGACGACCGAUGGUUAUAGGUGAGCCUUUUGACCCAGAAUACUUCGUCUACGCCUCCCGGAAAUAUAAAAAUUCCGCCUUAUGUUUCAUCGCUUUGAGUAGAUUUCCAGACUCACUGGACACUUUCUUCAAACUUUAUGCUGCAAUACAUCCAGAAUCUAAUUUGUUGAGGAUGUGAUAUGGCUGCGCAAUUAUCUGAACUGAUUUUUACUUGUUAGCAGACAAUGUCCUUUACCUUGAACAGUGUGUCGAGACUUAAAAAGGUGGCUAUGUUAGCGCGCCGGCUGUUUCGAUUCAGCGCGUCAAGACUUUCCUGCGUCUUCCGUAAAUACUCGCGUUUCUCGGUCACGUUUUUAGCAUCUAAUGGAAUAAUUCCUCCCCCUUACGUCUCAGAGGGCCGUGAGGGUGUCCCAUUGGUUCCGGAGGUACAUGGGCCGCGCAAAAUCGCUCAGAUGCGUUCUAUUGGCAAGCGGGCUAGAACUCUUCUAGAUUCUCUCGCAUGACUAAUUGUACCUGGAACGAGUACAGCGGAAAUUGAAAGCCUCGUUGUUGAUUUCUGUCUAAAACACUCCUUGUACCCCUCCCCCUUCGGUUAUAACGGUUUCCUUAGGUUAGUUCUCAUCUUUAGCUCAGGCGAGGUUUUUGCCGAUAAAACUACACAGUUCUCAUUUCUGCGAGCAUCUCAUGCACUCAUAAAGAUCUGAAUCCUGAUGACCGACCCGGUUCAUUUUUUUUUCAAGUUACUGCCGGCCGUUCUAUUCGAAUGCAAGUUUAAUUUAAGAGAAUCGUUUUGGGCAAUAUAGUUCGCCCUGCCCACCACUUUGCUGCAUGUCAGUUGUUACGUUUUUUAAAAAUGCAACGCAACUUGAGUAAUUAUGGAAUGGGCAAAUGAGUCUAUAUCCGCCAACUACAUACGGUAACGACCAGAUCGAAGUCUUGUACGUUUACGGGGGUUUCGCGAGAAUAUGAAUGAAGUGUAACUACAGUCCCCCCGCCCAAUGAGGGGAACACAAAUCGAAGGAGCUUAGGAAAUCCUCAUCGACUAGUUAACAAAUUUUGCCGUGUAACACCGCUCUAUUACGUCGGUCCCGGACAAAUCUGAAUGCAUUUACUCACCGGAGCCUGCUUUGUCAGGCGCAAGACCUCGCUUAUUUCCAAGCAGUUGUUAGCUGCAGUGUUUACUUUCGUCCGCCAUCUGUGGAUGCACUGGUUGGUUAGUCUCAGGGCUAGCCCAUAGAUCCCGUCAUCUUGGCUUCCUACAUUUCCCUAUGAGAUAAUUGAGACCUUUCUUCUGCGGGUAAUGCUGUUGCUUUGCCUGACGGACCUCACUUUGAAAUUUAAAAGCCACCAACUUUCGUUGUUACCGGUUGAUAAAACUUCGAUGGCUCACCGUCUCACACGUUUUGACUGCACAGUCCGUCGAUUCGAAGGCGAGUUCGUUCGCGACUCUACAUCUGUUUGCUGUGUUGACUGUGUAAAGGUGAACAGAGGUAAUUACGUCAGACCCGCCAAAAUUACUAUAUUUCGCCGGUGUUCGUCCAGAGAUGGGCAUUUUGAGGGCCUAGCUGUUGGUAGCAGAGCAUGAGCUGCCCCUGCCCGUGAUGUCGUAAACCAUGAAGUCAGGAAGGCUAACGAUGGGAAAGUAAGUAACAAUGCCGAAACAAGAUCAGACACUGUGCUAAACUGAGGACCAGGUCGAUAGCACAAGGGGUCUGGUUUGCCGUUUCAGGUCUCACAAACCCAUUUUAAGCUCUACAGUAAACCUAUGAAGAGUUUGACGGAAGUACCAAAUGUGCCAACUGUUUGUUGCUUCGGAGGAGGAUAAACAUGGUCAUCAAAUCCACCUUAUAUACACAGCUUGAUUCUUGCCGAAGUCCCUCUGCGGGACUUUAACCGUUUAUUGCCUGGGGUCUUUCGUACAACUUGGUUGUACAAAAGAUACUUUUUUGCAGGUCUACGUUGCCCUUAGGACAUUUAUUUCUCACGGCGUUUAGCCAAGUAAAGGCUCCUUUUCUCUAUCCGAUCCGUUCUCAGUUAUGGCUGGAAUAUAGUCAUUGUAGUUCUGGUACACUAAGUCUCAAGUGUUCGUUUGGAGAUGGUUUCGUAGUAUUCCCCGUUUGAUUACCUUAACGUCUCGACCUCAGGGCCUCCACAUUCCAUACACAAAUGUCUUCCUAAGUCAUUAGGACUCGUUCUUGUCACUGCUGUCCAUUACGCACACUAUACUGUUCUAAAAUAUAAACCGACAUUAUACAACACAAGCACUACCGGAAUCCUCUUUUCCAAACUUAUUCACUCAACUUCAGUUUCGUUGAGUCCAUUUAGGCAAAUAAGACUAGCUAGCGCCAUCAGGAUACUACGCAUAACGUAGUAACUACACUAUCCGUUAGCAGUGUACAGCCACAGUAACUUCCUUGUUGCAGACUCUGCGUAUUUGAAAUGACUAUUAACCAUCCCCCCUCAUCCACUCAGUUACCAUCUCUCUGCUCAAUAUCAAGUACACCAUUUCCAUUCGAGAACGUUGUUUACAAAAUCGCCUGUUUAAGUCAUUUUUCGUAUUUAACGGAUGAUAUCUACGCUGCUGCACGUUUUGAUACUCUCUGUUCUGACCGUUAUUUGUUGAGCUUGGACUCUCACCAUUCAUUUAUUCAUUUGUCUUCUCGUCUCCCUCUUGCUUAUUGUAGCACGGUAUACACUUCCGUGAACGAAGUGGCCAUUCACGGUUUACCUUCAAAAGAUUGUAUUUUACGUGCGGAUGACCUGAUUUCGGUGGAUGUCUCUCUUUACGAUGGUCAGGUUCAUGGGGACGCUUGUGUCGCGUUUCUUGUUCCUGGCGAAUCUCGGUUGCGCUCGGCCCCGACAGGAAUUAGCGAUCUACUGCAUUGUGCCCAGAAGUGCUGCCAAGCUGGAGUCUCUGCCUGUGGUCCAGGCGUCCCUUAUCGCUGCAUAGCUGAGGCCGUUUCCCAAGCAGCUCUCAGUUGUGGCAAUUUCCGCGUGGUGGCCGGUAUUAACGGCCAUGGAAUUGGAACAUACUUCCAUGGCCCUCCUGAAAUCUGCCACUGUAUCUAUGAAGAGAGACCAGAUGACCAUGGUGUCAUGUGUCCAGGUCACAUCUUUACAGUUGAGCCCUGUAUAGCAGCCCCAUCUGCGUCGGCUGAUGAAGGGGCAGUUGACAGCUACGUUGCACUUCCUUUCACUCAGCCGGAUGGCUGGUCUGUACGCACGUCUGACCAUGCUCUGACUGCGCAGUUUGAAGAAAUGGUCUUGAUAACUGACGAUGGUUAUGAUCUCCUCAUCAGAUAAUUUUGUGUGCUUCAACUAUGUUCUUUUACAUGUACUUUGCUGAAUUUUUUCGUAAAAUCUCAUCUCCUGCAAGGCAAACUUCUGCCCUCUUGGUCCUGUCAUACAAGCCAUCCUAACCAUUUAUAAGCAAAGUCUGUUGUUGAUGACAUCUCAUUAGCAAAUCUGUGUACAUGCCCAAUCGAGCCCUAUGCAGAAGAAGUGAGCAGGUAGCAAGAAGCAAGACAAACCUCUGCCCUCACCAUGGUAUAUGACAAGUUGUCUUAGCCAUAUAAAUCGAAACUUGGAUUUUUAGGUGCUUUCCCAGGCAUGCGCAUUAGGAUUCUGCGAUCCACUUCCGAGAUUAGAGUGUCGUUGUAAAGGAUUCCAUACCCAGUAGAUUCGUUAGUGUGGUCUCGCCGGGUUAGGCAAUGCAACCUCGAGCAGUUUUGUCUGCGCAAAGUGGGGAAAUGGUGGGACGUCUGCCGCUAAUGUGCAUUCGACAAACGUCUUGGUGCUCUGCGGUUAUGGUAUGCUCAAGGAGGCCUUCUGUGAAUGACACACGGUAGUCUGACCUUAGCACCUUCGGUGGGAAUAGCAAAGCUGCUGUUAAACUGAUUGAAGGGUCUAUCUUACCUCACCGGACACGUCUCUGAGAGGUAAGUCCACAAGCGUUUCGACACUAACUUCUCUUGGUGGUUGCAGAAUAAAAACAUUUCUGGCCACUGGGUUGAGUAUAGAUAUGAGGAGGAACACAGCCCAUACACUUGGUAGUCGCACCGCUUUCUGACAGGGUCAGCCUAUCGAAGUGGCAUUCGCCCGGGCUCUGGGCGCGGCACUUAUCUGAACGUACGCUGUGAACUUUGUAUGUAAGGGUGACAAUAGCGACAUUUCAGACACUACACUACAUGUCCUGCGGCAAUAAUUACUUGCCUGGCUGGAUUUCCGAACUGUUGCUCUAAAGCAAAACAAUCGACCUGUUGAUGGUACCCUCCACGUCAUGUCUACUAAUGUCGGCCAACUACAUUUGCUGGCCAGCUUCCUAGUUUCAUGGAAAUAGUAAGGAUUAGACCGCAAUUAUCACCAUUAAAAAUAUGAACAGACUACCAGUUUUAUUUUAGCGACCCAUUUUGUCUUCAGGAUGGUUGACAUUGCUGAAUAUACUACAUGGAAAUGUAGUGAAUGCAUUGUUCUCUGUCCCCAAGACGGGCCGUACGGUAAAUGUGCAGGACUAACACGAGGGCUAGAUUGGAGUCCGGCGGCAUGUCCAGUUGCCGGCUGAUGUUGUGCCAACUGAGAUCCGCGUUGUCCACCGCUUUCGUUCUUCUCUAAGAUCCUGGUCAAGUGUUUGUUGUGAACCAGAAGGUGUAGUGGUGCGUCAAGAUGCGGGAUUUCACAGCGCCAGCCACCUGCGGCCUUUCCCGCUUCCAGUAUUCUUGACCUGGUCAUCGCACCGUGCCCAGGUGCGGGAGGAGGAGAGUGUGGUUGAUUCAACGCAAGUCUUCUAUCACUAUAAAACUAUUCACGCGCAAGUCACCGUCCCUGCUCCAACCUUGCUGUGGAACAUACGGUGGACAUCGUUGGUCACUACGUUCGAACUGUGGUGUGCUGUCGUUUGUGUUGUUCACUUUUACUUCGCAUUCAAAUUCAACGAGGCCAAAAUUCUCUCAGGAGGUGACAACCGCGUGAGACGGGAGCUGUUUAAGUCACGGUUUACUGACCCUUAGUCCAUUAACAGGUGCAAUGAUCUUCCACUUUGCUACUCGGUGCUGUGACCUUGCCCAGGCAAAUAAUUAGCCACGCGGGGAGCCCACGGGUGAAGACUGUUCCCACCGCCAGGAUCGGUGGGUCAGAUGGUCGACCAAUCAUUACACCAACACCCAAUGCACGUGAUAAAAUGCAGCAAAUAAUUACGCAAAUGUUGGCAUCCAACGGUCAUCACACAAAGUGCAACGACCACUGCUGAACGCCAGCAACCGCGAAUAUUCAUAGGUAUGUGGUAGCAUGACAACCGCAUCCUAUAUAUACUCCAGUCUUUUGUGCUUGAACAACCCGUAUCAGGUAUUGUCUCUGACGAUGUAUCCAAGGAGGAAUAGGAAACGUCAGGCAAAUAAAGCUUAUGUCCCUGCGAUAGUGCCUCCUUCUUCAGGGAAUAUGUCCGUUGCAGCCGCCUUCUUUCUGAGCCUAUGGGGUCUGAAUUUCAAGCAUAUAACAUAGACCAUAUAUCGACGCUCACUUCUUUCUUCUACAAUCACCUUACCUUUUAUCACCAGAAACGAUCUAAAGUAGUAAGCCGCUUAAUUACACAAAAACCGACUGACUGUCCAAGGCAGCAUUCAGGUUGGCGCACAUUUCGAUGACAUGCAGGACAGACGGCGUAAGACUGGGUUAUUUAUCAGACGAACCGUGAAGGCAAGUGUCCUUUUGUGACAGAUGGAUUAGGCCCUUAAAAUUCUUACUGCACUCACUGAGGGGCCAUCGGGGGAAUUUGGGACGUGUUUGCUCAAAUUAAUUUUAGCAGGGUUUUUAAAGAUGCAAAAGUGAGUGACUUUCUCAGUUGACGUGGAUGUAGGUGAGCUUGUCUGAUGGGUCAGCGUAGGCUGCCACGGUACUGCUUUGAACCGCCAUCGCCAUUUAACACGAAUUCUUGCCACUCCAAACACGUAAACAAUCUUAAGCUCCUGAGUAGGGGGUGGAGAGUGUGAUUCAUGGACGGCGCGAGUUUUAUUUAGUGUCAGACCUAUUUAGUAAGUAGAACUAGACCAAAACUGUUUUCAAAUAUAAAGUAGGCUAAUAUCCUCACGCCACAUCGACGAAGCGUUUGAGCUUCUAACUACACUCGCUCAGAGAACUAAGUUCUGAUUUUGAACAAUUUAUGGAUACACUGAUCACAACGGAGCACGUAGUUCCUGGUUCCGAAAAAAUAUAAUAUUAAGUAGAAGGAGAUGAUGUUAAAGAUCAACACGAUUGCUGACUGAACACUAUAGGCGAAAGAAGGAACUUGGGGAACAACCAAUUUAAAGGGGGGCAAAUACUUCGUGUCAACAAACGUAUAUUGCACCAUGCUCAAAAUUUUUCAGCGGCUGGCCAAAGACAAACUGUUCCUUUUUGCGCACCUGAAAUGAUAGUAUAGCCAGCCUUAGUGCGGUUUCUUGCUGCAUAAGGUAACAUUUUCGCAUCAUAAAAUGCAACUUUUUUCUUAUAAACAAACUAGUUUCCGGCUCGUCGCAACAUGCUUUCCGCGCCGACAGCCCUUUCGUAAGGAAUCUCUUGUUUCUCGCAACCUGCGUUUUGUUGGAUGCUUCCUGCUUGCUCAAAUUUUUCGAAGUUAGUUGGCAAUAUUGCAGCGUCGCUAAGCAUGAAGAGGGAGAGUCAGUGUCAUUUGCGGAAAAUGCCACCGUCUGCAUACAGGGAAAAAACGGAGGGAUAGACAGAUUCGAUGUUUUAGCCAACUACACGACAGGGUCAUCCAGAAACGUCCCAGCAAGGACUUGGAAUUUUAAGAAAAAUGAUAUCAAUGCGUGAUACAUUCUUCUGAGGAGAAGAAGUAAAGUCCUACACCAGACUUACGAAAUCAAUAAAAUUGAUACUGCCUAAUUCCAAAAAGACAACAAGGUCCCUGCCUUAGUAAAGGGCGUAUGUCUGACUUUUUGAAUUUUGGUGAGCUAAUCUAUUUGCAGUAGCGAGUUGAGGUAGUACUAUCAUCAAGUAUUCAAUAACUGCAUUUGUAAUAUCAUAAUAGUCCAGGAAUUUAGACAUUUCUGAUAAUAGACAAUCUUCAAAAAUUGACACAUCACCAAGCACUAAAUGGUGGCUUUCUGUGAACUUGCAGACUUCUGUCUUUCGUCUUUCUGUGAGGUCGAAAAAUCAGCACAUUAGGUGAGGAGGACAUUUCUUUCUUUUAAAGACUGACAAUGUCCACAAGCUACUGUCUACCGCAAUUUUCUUAGACGUCUAUACUCAAUAAAGAAAUCAGCAUGACAUCCAAAUGUAAUGGAUCAUUGUAAAAAGUUUGGAGGGAGUACAUAUUUCCAGGAGGUACAGAAUGGCGCACACCUUUUACGCGCCCAACGCCCAUGCACUUCUGCACAAAAAAUUGUCUUUUUGCAGCCUCCAAUUAAUGGCAUUAUUCCUGGGUGAAGACAUUUUGGAGACUACACACUCACAAAGUACAUGGAACACAAUCGGUCCUCAGAAUAUUUCAACACGAAAGAUUUGCAUAAAUAUUAGAAAUGACUGAAAACCGAUCUGCUGCAUUUUGCCGUGUCGAAAUACCAUUUGAGAAAUAUCAUAAACGCUGGGAUAAAUAUUCUCCCAUAACUGCAAAGCCCGUCGUCACUAUAAGUAUCCAAAAUGAAUUAUUACAACUCUAUGGUGUCAUCGCAUGAGAUGGGCGGUGGCUGUGGUAGAGAGAGCGCUUGUGUCAGCGUUUUCUGACAGCACAUCACUACAUUCGCUAGUCGUAUAGCCACCGCCUCGGCCGUUGCUAGCACCCGUUGGCGUAAGCCUUUGGAGAAGCUAGCUGACGUCCGGUUGACAAUCGGAAAUGCUUCCUUGGCCUCGAAUCGGUGUCUCGCAUCGACUAAAUGUGCGUAAAUGAAGCUCGCAGUCGACCAGGCCUCACUUCUGUCUAGGCAGAUUGGCAUGUGCUUACGUAGCCGUCUUUACCAGGCAUCUUGGUGUACGGCCACAGUAUCCCGCACCACAGGAGCAAGUGAGUGAGUAAGUGCACACUGAUGUGGCCUACAACGGUAGUCUAUUUUUACCUCCCAAACUUAGAAGGUGAGAAUUUGUGAAGCACGCGUGUAAAUUUGCCGCGGGAAAUACUCUACUGAAAGCUGUAGUUAACCCCCGUCUGACUAGUUCUCUCGAUCCGUCCCCUGUAAAAGUCAGUUUCACGGUCACAUCUUUCUUUUCUGCAGUCGCUUUGCAGUGCGUUCUCAAAUAUUUCAGGGGAUAAAUCCUUCAGGGUAACCGUCCCCGCAAAGUGCGUUCCGCAGUUGUUGGCCCUUUGCUUUAAUAGCUUUAGGUGGGCUGAUUUGUCUCACUCUAGCUGCCCAUCUCUGGACUAAGUUUCGUUUGAUGUUUAGGAGAACAAGACUGUGGAAAUAACGUAUUGUCCCGUCCAGAUUUUCUUUCGGAACACCCUGCUCAUGAUAGACACAUACUCCUGCCUGUGCGAAAGGACAUCGAGAAAAGCAGUUUUUUAUUUGCCUCAGACUCUGCAGGGAACAUAAGUAAGCACUGCUCAUUGCUGAAUGUUUGGACGAGGUCUUCGUUAUCGGUGGUACCAUCCGCCAGGCAGAAGAUAUCGACCACAUACAGACCGUAGAAGACUAGCUAUUUAGUGGAAUUUUUCAAUCUUGGUUCCUAGAAUUUGGCCCUGAAAAUCCUACAAGAAACGAUCAAAACGGCGAGCACAUUGUGGCAAUAUCCAUCUGCCUCUAUAGUUGCCCACUGCGCAGAAACUGGAUAUUUGUGAGCAACGCGUCAGUAGUUCUUUUGGCGUUUUCACUCAAUGACUAAGGAAUGGUUCGUACUGUAAAGAAUAACAUCACAAACAUAGUUUAUUUCUUCUGACAGGGGCGCGUUAGUAAACAGCGAUAGAACGUUCAGUCAUGAAAUCCUCUGUCCGCCAGCGUUAAUACUUUUAAUGGCAUUAGACUUUCCACAAGCCAUUUGACAACGGUGUGAUAUGGCGAUUUCCUAAACUCCUAUUCUGGAAGUAGGUACAACGGCACGCAUGAAUGACCUCACUAAAAUUCCCAACCAAGUGUGUUUGGUACUGGUGAUAUGCGUGUAUACUGCCAAUAAUUUGAGCUUAUGUACUUCCUAAUAAUGUACAGGGGAAAGGUCAAUAUGGAAAUAGAAUAACAAUCAGUAAAACCCAUUAACUUUUCGAUUGCACAUUGAUGUAAGACGUACCUCCUUCAAACUACUUGUCGUUCAGUUGCCUAUCUCGAAUUCCUAAAACCGUGAUUCGUUUCAUGCGGCAUGUAAGAUAUAUAUGGAAAAAGAUACCGUUACUAUUCUGGCAAACGUGUACACAUGCUGCUUGCCAACUUCACCUACAUAAUACUCCAUACAGAUUCUCUAAUCAGCAUGUGUUUGAGUUAUUUUGCGGGAAAAUCGUUGCAGUGCAUUUACGAAGAAUGGAACAUAACUUUAUAUGUUUACGGAGACCACUCUAAUAAACUUAGGCAACGAGAAUACUACGAAAUUCUAUGUGCAUAUAAAACGUGGUCUUUUGAUUGUUCGGCGAACGGACUGCAAACUGGGACCCUUAGUUUGAUAAAAUAUCAAAAACUGUAUAACGGAGAACUUUAUUGUUAUGAUAAAAUUGCGGAUGUUAAUUUAAACACCAACAUCUGCAUGAUUACAUUUUCAAUAAGGUUAUUAAAAUCAUUGUGCCUAAUCAUUAGGCAAGUAACAUAGCUAGGGUGUAGUUUAAAAGGCCUGUGGUUAUGCGUAAACAGGCGGGUGGUUUUAGGUAAAAGACGCAUUCGACGAAGCUGUGAAACUCUUUGGGUAUAACGGCAGUACACAAACGGUUCAUUUGCACAUACGCGGUCUUUAAUUUGUCAUUUAGUAUUUGUCAUGAUCAGGGAUGAAAGUCGUUGUUUGCUAAAAAGGCAAACAGGCGAGUUCCAUGUAGCAGUUCAAAAGAUGAAGAUGCGAUCACUGGAACAAGAAAUUUAUUUGCCUGACGUUUCGGAUUCUCACUCGAAUCCAUCAUCAGAGACAUUCGCAGAGAGUACGAGAAAAAUACGACAAAAUGGAGAAUCGCCUCGGACACGCCCAAAUCAUCCAGCUCCUGAAGUUCUGUCUCAAGACGUACUUUACAUUCGACGGAACAAUCUACGAACAGGUGAAGGGAACGCCAAUGGGUUCGCCAAUUUAGGGACUCAUAGCCGAGGCGGUCCUUCAACGGCUGGAGUCGCUGGUUUUCCCACACCACAGACCGAAAUUAUGGGCUCGGUAUGUGGAUGACACCUUCGUCGUCAUCGAACGGGAUCAGGUGCCGACGUUCAAAAAAAAUCUCAACGCCGUCUUCCCGGAUAUUCGAUUUACGAUGGAGGAGAAGGAAAACAACCAGCUGGCCUUCCUGCAUGUCCUCGUCUGCCAAAAAGAUUGUGGUGGCCUAAAGAACCAAAGUGUUCAGGAAAGCGACAAAUACGACGCAAAUACUGAACUUCACUAG